AUGGCGUGUUUAACGCAUCCCUACUAUGAGAGCGAUAUUAAUGCAUUAUUGCCUGGUCUUCAUGUAUUGAAAGCAGGUAUAUAUGCGUUCAAGAAAGGAUAUACAGUUUUACUCCAACCACCAGCUAAAAUGUCAAAGACAAAUGUCUAUGCAAUGUUUGGAGGAGAAAAGUAUACAUUGCUUAAGAAUAACAUUAUUGGUAUUGAAUUCAAUGAAAGUGGCUUUAUUUAUGUUAAUGGUAAAGCAAGUAUUCAAUCAAUUGUUGUGUCAGUAUCUAAACUUAACACCGAUGAUACCCUAUAUUUGAUUGGAAGAGGUGAAUUACGCAUUGGAAAUAUGGAAAAUGUUAAUUAUACAAUUGAAAAUCAGAAAAAUUAUUCAUUUGUUCUUUCAUCAUUUGAUGGAAAAGGUCGAUCAAGAAUGGAUGGAGAUGUCAUUAACGAGUCUAUAGAAGUUAAAAAUUACAAAGCUGAUGGCACGAAGAUUGUUAAUGAAGAAUCAUCAAGAAAGUUAUUGGCCGAGGCUUCAAAUCCAGAUAAUAUUAGUGUAUAUUCAGUACAAAUUACAAAUGCAGGUUACAAGUUCAGUUAUAAAUUCAAAACAAUGAGAUCAAGAGACAAAGAUUCAAUCAUAAUUAAUUCACAAUUGGGAACUCAUUUUCUGGCUUCAAGACCUGAUUCAUACACGGAAGAUGAAACUCCAACUCCAACACCAGCUCCUACUUCUGAAUCGGAUGGUUCUAAAAAUGGCAGUAUUAAUCCUGCGAAGUUAACAGGCAUCGUUAUCGGGUUAAUUAUUGUUAUAGCAAUUGUUUGUGUCAUUAUUUUCUUUGUUCUGAAAAAGAAGAGGCAAGCAAAGCACAAUGACUCAGAAGAAGGAGAUGUUCAUACAGAUGAGUCUAUGUACAGCUAUGAAUCAGCAUAA